CUGGGUGCUGCGCCCCGCGCCAAUAAAAGCGCGAACCGGCCGCGCAGUAGGCAGAAGCGGCGGGGCGACAGAGGGAACGGGUGGCGCUGGGCUGGCACACGAGCGCGGCACGCGGCGCCCUUGCAAGCUGGCCAGGCAUCUUUGAGCUCCUGCCACUCUCCACUGGGCCUCUAAGAAGGCUGCCUCAAUGUGGUUCUUGGACAAGGUCCGGACUUCCCCUGGGAGCGGCAGUCCUUUGAGCCCCUCGUUUCUGGGCUUACCUGCUGGCCAGCCCAUGGCCGACAAAAGCAAACUCGGGGCCUUGGCGCCUGCUUUCCCCAACAUCUUGACCCCGGACACAAUCCCAGCAUUCUGCAUCCCCCCGAGACUGGCCGCUCCCCCUGCUCCAAAAAGUCCCAGCCUGGACUUCCAGCCCCACCGCUGCCUAACUGAGCCCACCUUGCAGGCUGCCACGCUGCCCGACCAGGGCUCAGGCCUCUUCCUGCCACAUCUCAUCCAAGUCGAGAGCGUGGAGGAGAUCCCAGACCUGGACGAAGAAAGCACCAACUCGGACCCCCGGUCACAGGCGGCCUUGUCUCUGCCCCACUUCCCCAAAGCCCAGACCUCUUAUGGCUUCUGCACGCUGCUAGAGAGCCCUCACACCCGCCGGAAGGAGUCCAUCUUCCACAGCGAGUCGCUGAGCCUCCCCCUGCCCCGGUCCCGGGCCAGCAGCUACAGUGGCAAAGAGCUGGCAUCCAGCCCCAUCGCCAUUGCUUCGGCAGGCCACAGGACCCUGCUCCUCGGCAGGCAGGGCACCUGGGACAGCGACACGGCCUCCUCCACCGAGUCCUCUCCCUUCAGCUCCCCGCUCCUUGGCCGCUCACCUCCCCGGAUCAGCUCGCUCUUCAAGGCCCGUAGCCAUGAUGGGCUACUCUGCAAGGCUCUGAGAGGGAGAGGCAAGUCUGGGAUGGCCAGAGCCAACUCCUUGUCGACAGACGAGGGCAGCUCCACGGACAAUAGCCCCAAUGCCACCCGGAGGUCUUCAGAGAGCCUGCCGGACCCUUUGACCUCCCGGGCCUACAGCCUGUCCCCUCUGCCCAUCUUUCCACUGGACUUUCCCUGUGGCCGGGAGAGGAUCGGGCGGGAGAGCACAGUCUCCAUGGGCAAAGGGGGGCUGCUCAGGCUGUCCUCCGAGUACUGCUCUGAAAACCGAAGGCUCCGCAUCCGCUUGAUCAGCGUGGAGGGACUAUACGAGACCUCUUGGGAGCCCAAGAGCAUCAACUGUUGCGUCACCUUCUCGCUUAUGCCCGGGAAGAUCCAGAAGCAGAGAAGUACGGUCAUCAAGAGGAGCCGGAACCCCAUUUUCAACGAGGAUUUUUUCUUUCUUGGCGUCUCCGAAGAUGACCUUGACAGUCUCUCUGUCCGGAUGAAAGCUGUGAACCGGGGCUGCAGUAUGAAAAGGGACCUUGUUUUGGGGGAAAGCGAAGUCAGUUUAAUGCACAUUUUAACGUGA